AUGUAUGCUCUGAAGUGGAGGCCUUUCCAUUUCUGGUGCAAUGAACACUGUCAGGGUCCAGAUCAAAGCCUGGUCGGUACAGUGCUGGAGUUCCGCAUUCAGUCUCACAUUUCUCUAAUUUUGAGGAGUAUAUUGCAACCAUUGUUGCAAGCAACAAACCUGUCCUCUUGUCCUCUUGACCCUCUGAUCUCUUUCUUUCAGCGCUGUGUCAGAUGGCUGCAACCUACCUGCAGGCUGUGCCUUAUUUCCUGGUACCUCUCUGUGGUCCUGAGGGGGCUGCUGGAAGCCCCCUUUAAGCCCCUGAAGUCAGCCUCUGAGAAGUUUCUGACUGUGAAGAUGGCUCUGCUCCAAGUCUUGGCUUCCCUUAAAGGAGUGGGAGAUUUGCAGGUUGUUUUGAUUGCCCCUUGCAUGUCCAAUGCUCUCCUGCACCCCAGGGCCGGAUAUGUCUCUAAGGUGCCCAGGAUGGCGGGUUGUCCAGUCAGAGGAGCUGGAGAGGCUGCAUUUACUUUGCCCAAUCCCCACAAUAUAGAGCAUUUACAGGUGUUUGGUCCAGAAGAGCCUCUUGUUGCUGUAGUUGGAGAAGAUCUGGUUCUGCCCUGUUUUAUCAAACCCAACACAAGUGUUGUGGACAUGACAGUGGAGUGGUUCAAACUCUAUGUAGAAGACUCAUUACUGCAUCUCUAUAGGGAUCAUAAAGACAAAAAUGAAGGUCAGGCUCAAUCCUAUAGAGGAAGAACAUCACUGUUUAAAGAGGAGCUACAGAAAGGCAAUGCUUCACUCAAACUCUCAGAUCUCAGAGUCUCUGAUGAAGGAAAAUAUAAGUGUCUUGUGGAGGACAAAUCCUGGUCCGAUGACAUCACUGUCAAUGUCAUUGUAGAGGCUCAGGGAAGCAACCCAGUGAUAACAAUGGAGAGUUUUGAUAACUCAGGAGGGAUUAAUCUAGUGUGUGAGUCCAGUGGCUGGAACCCUGAACCUGAUGUUCUGUGGCUGGACAGAGAAGGAGUCACUCUGACUGUUGAAGAUACACAGAUACACAGAGACACUGAGGGCUUCAGUGUGAAAAGCCACAUCAAUGUUUAUGAUUAUAGCGACUCUAACAGUUUUUACUGCAAACUUCAGCAACAACAUCACAUGCUGGAGACAGAGAUUAUCAUCAAUAGUAAAGUCUUUGAUGCUUGGAAGUGGAUUGUUGGGAUUUCAGUUUCAGCAUGUCUUAUUGCUGUUGGAUUGAUCGUAACUGCAAUUGUUUGCAAUUAUCACAAGGAAGAGAUAAAGAAGGAGAAGCAGUCCACAGAACUGCAGAGACUGAGUGUGGAAUAUGAGUUAUUAAAGAAGAAGCAGUAUUCGGUGGAUGUGACUCUGGAUCCUGAUACAGCUCAUCCCGAUCUCAUCCUGUUUGCUGAUGGAAAACAAGUGAGAGAUGGAGACGAACGACAGAAUCUCCCUGAUACACCACAGAGGUUUAAUACAUGUCCAUGUGUUCUGGGAAAGCAGAGUUUCUCCUCAGGGAGAUUUUAUUAUGAGGUGCAGGUCAGAGGGAAAACUGACUGGUCAUUAGGUGUCGCGAGAGAGAACAUUAACAGGAAGGGGCAGAUUACAUUGAAUCCUCAGAAUGGAUUCUGGACUGUGGUACUGAGGAAUAACAAUCAGUAUGAGGCUUAUGCUGAUCUUGAUGUUCCCCUCACACUGAGAGAGAAGGUGGAGGUUGUGGGGGUGUUUGUGGAUUAUGAGGAGGGUCUGGUCUCCUUUUAUGAUGUGAAGUCCAGCUCCGAUAUCUACUCUUUCACUGGUCAGUCUUUCACUGAGAAACUCUAUCCAUACUUCAGUCCUGGUUUAAAUGAUGAAGGUAAAAAUUCAGCACCACUGAUCAUCUCUCCUGUAUUUAAAACUGAAUGAAUUUAAACCUCACAAAUUUAAUCACCAUAAGAAAUACAUAGUCCCUUUCGAAGUGCUGUUCAGAUAUUCAUUGUUUAUUUAUUAGUUAUUUACUGUGGGGAAGU